AUGAGAAUCAAUACUCUUCUACCCUUGACGUUGGCUACAACGCUAAUUACUUCAAUCACCAAUGGGCUGCCAACCGAAGAGCUCAAUGGGCCUUCCUCUCCACAUUGCUUUCCAUUUUCUGUCUCUCACAGCUGGAAACUCAGUUUAGACCUACAACCUCCUCCGAUGUCAAGGGAGGAAUGGUGGUGCGCACAGGAGGACUUCUAUGGAUUUCUCGGCUUUUCCAUGCCUUUCCAAUACACCAACAUGGAUUACGACGUCGAGUCUAUCAGCCAGCACCUGGUAAUGAUGAAGGAGCAAUUUGGAGCCACUAUGUUCCGCGUAUAUAUCCCAGAGAGUUAUAAUACACAGCUGUGGAAAAACAUUCUUCAAGCCGCCAUCAUCAACAAUAUGGGUGUCGUGGUUCAAGUGGCAUUCCCCAUUUCAGGUAACUCCUUGUCCCUAGAGGCAGUUCUUGAGAGUACUUUGUUCCAGGUUCUCUCAGACAGCCCUUACGCCGCAAUUGCACCCUAUGUUAUCUUUGCGGCUGAAUAUCUCAACGAACCCGUUGGAGACUGCGAUAUGUGUGCCGCGGGGAGCACAGGAAACCCAGCAGAUCCAGCAAGUUUGGCAAAUCUCACCCAAGGGCUGACAAACUUCCGCAAUAAGAUGCAUCAGUUUGGUAUUCCAGCUGGUAUCAGUGAGGACUGGGAUCGCCCGAACUUGAUGAGCGGACCGCCAAAUGCAGAUGGCGUCGGUGUUGGACUUGGUGUCAUCGGAGAAGCCGUCGCGCCAAUCAUCGACUUCUGUCAUGCUCAUAUCAUGGCUUAUUACCAUAACAUUCAAGUCCAGGAUGCAUGGAACUAUACCGCAUCUCAGGUGCUGUGGUACAAGCAAUACCUCCCCAAAUUACCACUACUUAUCUCAGAGAUGAUGUGGGCCACAAGCUACAAUGUACUCCAUGCAGGGGGCUAUGUCACGGGUUUUGCUGUUGCAGAAGUUUCCGUCCAGGACUACACAUUAUUUUGGAAGACGGUGGAUGCAAACUGUAAAUAUUUGAAGGAGCAGAACACUGCAUACUUCAUCCAUGCUUGGCGAGAGGAGGGUACUUUGGACAUGCUGAAUGAUGAUGGAACUGUCGUCAUUCCAAACUGGAAGCCACAGAAAUGGUGUUAGAAGCAUUCAUCCGGGGCUAUUCGAAUCGACAGUAUAAAAGGAAGGAAAUUUUGGCUAGUCCCAAGAACUAGUUGACAUGUACC